CGAACAUUUUCUAGCGAUACACCAGAUCGAGUAAUUCCCGUCCACUGCAUGGGGGCAUGCUCAUCACAUCCAUACUGUACACAGUACGCGACACAUGUCGCCACGCCAUGUUAAUCCUACAGCAAUAACUCAUCCUUCUCCCUAAUCAUGUCGACCGAUCCUCGACUCGCCCGUUUGCAAGGCCGAACAAUCACUCCUCAACCUCCCAAGCCACAAACGCCGCCUGCACCUCCUGCCGCUGUCGUUGACACGGCAGAAACGAACCCUCAACCGAUAUCCCCUGCACAGGUCGACGGAAAUGUCGACGCACCGGCUUCGACUACAGCGCCAGCAGUGCCAGCAGCGAAGUCUGAUUCUUCCUUCAAGCUGAAAUUUUGUACUGUGUGCGCAUCAAACAACAACAGAAGCAUGGAGGCGCACCUCCGACUAUCAACCUCGGACCAUCAAUACCCGGUUAUCUCAUUCGGCACAGGAUCGUACGUCCGAUUGCCUGGGCCUUCAAUAUCCCAGCCACAGGUCUACAAUUUCAACACCACGUCCUACACCAAAAUGUUCGAAGAACUAAAUGCCCAAGACGCGAGACUAUACAGAAACAAUGGUAUCUUGAAUAUGUUGGACAGAAACCGAAAUAUCAAGUGGGGCCCAGAAAGAUUCCACGACUGGGUUGUCGGUGCUGCGAGAAUGGACGCUCUCAAUCGAGGAGACAAAGGCGCAACAGGCACGGAAGGCGGUGUCGUGGAUGUCAUAUUCACAUGCGAAGAACGAUGUUGGGAUGCUGUGGUUGAUAACCUAUUGGACAGAGGGGCGCCUCUGAAUCGACCCGUCCAUGUGUUCAACAUCGAUAUCAAGGAUAACCACGAAGAAGCACUCAUUGGUGGCGGAGCCAUUCUCGAGCUGGCAGAUGCACUCAACGAGGCUGCCCUCCAGGAGAGACAAAUGAACGGUACCACCGGCUGGGAGAACGGUACUGGAGCAGCACGGCAGAGCUUCGAUGAGAGAGUGCCUGAUAUCUUGGCCAGUUGGCAGGAGAAAUGGCCCAAUUUGCCCGCCUUAUGGACAUUGUCAUGGUUUUAGACGCGGACUCGAUCGUCAAAGGAUCUGCGAUUUAGCGAGGCGCUGGGGGGUGUUUGUAUCGGAAUGGAAAAUGGUCAUCAACAUCGUCGUCAUCAUCAGACAUCUACGUCUAACGUCUGCCGAAGUCUGGUCUUUCGUCUUUCGUCUAUCCUUAAACUUUGGCUUGUAUCAUAACUUUCCCUCCCUCUGCUGCUGCUUCUGCGCUUUCAACUCCCUUUCAUCCUUCAACACGUCCCUCCGCAGCGCGACA